GACUAAUGACAGAGUGUAUUUAGUCUAUAGAGAGAAGGAGAGAAAUUCUUAAGCUUUCAAAAAAACCCAUCAAAAAUAAUCUCAAUUUCUUCAAGUUUGGAUCAUAGAGCUCAACAUAGAGUUGAGCUAAUAUGAGUUUCAGAGAUGAGAGUAGUGAUGAUGGAAGAGGAGACCUCAAGAAGCCAUUUCUUCAUACAGGAAGUUGGUAUCGAAUGGGUUCAAGGCAAUCAAGCAUGAUGGGAUCGGGUAACUCGAUUCGAGACGGUGCAAUCUCUGUCGUUGCCUGUGUUAUGAUCGUCGCUUUGGGUCCAAUCCAGUUUGGCUUCACCGCUGGUUAUUCAUCGCCUACACAAUCUGCCAUCAUAAAGGAUCUCAAACUUUCGGUUUCUGAGUUCUCAUGGUUUGGUUCUUUAUGCAACGUGGGAGCAAUGGUUGGUGCAAUCGCCAGCGGUCAGAUUUCUGAAUACAUAGGGCGAAAAGGGUCUUUGAUGAUUGCAGCCAUUCCAAACAUCAUUGGUUGGCUUUCCAUUUCAUUUGCUAAAGACUCUUCCUUUUUGUACAUGGGACGGUUGUUGGAGGGAUUUGGCGUUGGAAUAAUCUCUUAUACGGUGCCGGUUUACAUAGCUGAAAUAGCUCCACAGAGCAUGAGAGGGGCUCUCGGUUCAGUUAAUCAGCUGUCUGUCACAAUCGGGAUAAUGCUUGCUUAUUUGCUGGGCCUUUUUCUUCAUUGGAGGGUACUAGCAGUUCUUGGAACUUUGCCAUGUUUAAUACUCAUACCUGCGCUAUUCUUCAUUCCAGAAUCUCCUCGGUGGCUGGCUAAGAUGGGAAUGACUGAUGAUUUUGAAGCUUCUUUGCAAGUUCUUCGGGGAUUUGAUACUGAUAUCUCUGUCGAAGUAAAUGAAAUAAAGAGAUCGGUUGCAUCAACCAGCAGAAGGAGCACAGUUCGUUUCAGAGAUCUCAAACAGAGAAGAUAUUGGUUUCCUCUCAUGGUUGGAAUCGGUUUGCUCAUGCUACAACAGCUAUCGGGUGUUAAUGGUGUUCUGUUUUAUUCCAGUACCAUUUUCGCAGCUGCUGGAAUUUCUUCAAGCAAUGCUGCUACGUUUGGACUUGGUGCUGUCCAGGUUAUCGCAACUGCAGUUUCUACUUGGUUGGUUGAUAAGGCUGGUCGAAGAGUACUGCUUAUAAUCUCCUCCUCUAUAAUGAUUUGCAGCCUCCUCCUUGUUUCAAUUUCAUUCUUUGUGAAGGAUCAAACUUCAAGUGGUACAACCCUGUAUAACGUAUUGAGCAUUUUGUCAGUUGUUGGAGUAGUGUGCAUGAUCAUUGGUUUCUCUCUUGGAAUGGGUCCUAUCCCAUGGGUUAUUAUGUCUGAGAUCCUGCCUAUCAAUAUUAAAGGCUUGGCUGGAAGUGUUGCUACAUUAGGAAACUGGUUAUUUGCUUGGGUGAUAACAAUGACAGCCAACUUGCUUUUACAAUCAAGCAGUGGAGGAACGUUUCUUAUAUAUGCGGUUAUGAGCAUUGGGGCAUUGGUAUUUACUGUUCUUUGGGUGCCUGAGACAAAAGGAAGGACUUUGGAAGAAAUUCAGUGGUCUUUCAGAUGAUUUACUACAUUUGUUGUAAAUUUCAGUCUUUUGUUUGUCCAUUUUUUUGGAAAUUUUAUUAUAUAUACAAUUAAUUGAUGAGAAUAUGGGUUUUG